UCUACCAUACUGAACAACAUGGCAGUCAUAACACCGUUAUAAUGAACUCUCCAUCUUCAAGAGGGGAUAAAGAAGAGGAUCCUUUUGAUAGGAACGAAAUAUUAAUUGGUAUGGUAAAUAGCAUCCUCAAUCCAACUAAUGCCCCAAAGCCAUCCACCAUGUCGGUCCAAGAUUUUAAGGAACAAUUCAGAAAAGAAUACAAAGAAGAGUUUGAUAAAGUUUCUGGAGUUUCUGUACCUCAGUUUGUUGAUAAAAAUAGUCAAUUCUUUGAAACAGUUCAGGACAAAAAACUCAGAAUGAUGAUAAAGCAAAGGAGGAGAAAAAAUCCAAAGAAGAAAAAGAGAACAAAAAGAGAAGAUCCACAUUUAGAACCCAUAUCCCUGACUGAGGAUAUAUCUGAAGCUGAAUAUAUGACUGCAGAAUCAGGACAGUGCUCAGAGGAAUCUUCUGAGGAGAGUUCACCAAAUGAAGCUUAUUUAGAAUCAUGCAAGGAAAGACUGGGCAAAAUGUUAAGUGACACAUCUGAUAGUGAUGAUAAUGCAAAAACAGUUAAAGAGUCUGAUCCAAUGUUUUCAGAGUGGAAGCAAGUUUGCAGAAAUAAAAGUCAAGUCCCACCUCCUUCUUCCGAAAAUCAGUCUGGGCUACAACGACAGUUUCACAGAACAAUGUCAGAAGAAGAGAAGAGAGAUUUAACAAGUAGACUUCUUCAAAGAAAGGAUUCCCAUGAUUUUAUUUUGAAACAAUCUGUUAAAGAGUAUUUAAAUCAUCCUUGUAAAUUAGUUUUAGAUCUCGUGAGUCUAUGGAACACCACGGCACGUACGACUUCAUAUAUUGUUAUAAGACUUGACCAAAAUAUGAAUAUGGCAUUAAUUUCCGACUUUCUCAAAUUAGAUAAUUUUACAUCUUUACCUCAAUACCAAUAUUUUGGAGUUGAAAUUAUGAAGAGUCUUUAUGGGGUAUUUGAAAUUCCAUCUAGUCACGGAGCAGGCCAGCCAGUUAUAACAAAGACCGAAAUGAGACAUUCUGAAAAUCAGGCAGCCUGUUGGGAGCGUGAUCAGCUAUGGAUCAGGCAAACUACAUCUCCCUCUGCCCUUUCCUUGUCAGAUCCAUUACUUGCUAUGAUUUAUCAAUGGUUCGCUGGUGUUCCAGAUUCUCUAACAAAACCGAAAUCAGGUAAAGUACAAGAUGAAAAAAGUGCACCUUCAAUUCCUACUCCCACAGAAAACAAAGACUUCAUCACUGACAAAAAAAGGAGCUCCCUGGAGAUUUUUCGAAUCGCUGUGAGAGGUUUUGUAAAGGGACAAUACAUUCUUCUCGCUGGAAACAUGCCAAAAGGGAUGCAGAAUAUGGAAGCAAUAUCAACAGUCCCUUGGAUUUAUGUAUUUGAUUUUGACUUCACAAGCAGAGAUUCAGGUCUUCUAUGUGUAAAUGAAAAUUUUAUAAAGAAAAGACGGUCUCUGCAUCUAACGAAUUGGCUUCAAACACCAGCAGGAAUUUCAGAAAAUGGAACAUCAUGGACAUUUCUGCGUGGUAGAAGAGACAAUCCUGAAAGUGUCUUCAAAAAUACUAAUGACUUGAGAGACUGGCUUCAUAGAGUUAAGGGAAACAUUGAUUUACACAUUGAGCACAUUCAAAGAUAUAUCGAAGAUUACACAGUCAUUACUGUAAUAAUGUUUUGGCCUUCAGAUGAGAGCUUAGCUCAGCAUAUGCAUAAAUUUUUAACACGGUUGGAUGAAGGGCUUGAUCCAAAGCCAAAGAUAAUUUUGUGCAUUCCUGGAAAACCGGUAACUGACAUUGGCAAUUCCAUACUGACAGUGUUAAAAAACGAAAUGGGUGAGAACCUUAUCAUAAUAGACUGUGAUUUGAAACUUGUGUGUGGUUGUAUCAUUGACAUUACUAAAAGUCACCAAAUACAAGCACAUGUAAAAUAUACCUUACCCACUGCUGAUGACUUCAGUGACCCCUCCAUUGAGGACUGUGAUGCAGCAUGGCUUAAAGAAGAACUUGAAGUCCUGUACCUUUCGAAUCCAUAUACAAAAGGCAAAAUAGAUGUGAAAGCUCUGGAAGAGGAGGGUGAUUCAUUUUUCCGGGGAGGAUCUCUACAUUGGUUUGCAUGGUACGAAGUUGGUGCCGGUCAUUUUGACGCACAGCGUGACCUCAUGACUGCUGUAAUGAAAGCUAUCAAGGUGUUCAUUGAUGAAAACAGAUCAGGAGUAGUGACACUUUACCAUGCCCCUGGUUCUGGAGGAACUACUUUGGCCCAGAGAAUACUCUGGGAAUUCCAUACACAGAUUCCAUGUGCGCAUGUAAAGUUGAGGUCCACAUUGCCAGUAGCAAAUCUCGUUGAGCGUAUUGAAAUGAUGUAUGCAAAAACACACAGACCAGUCUUAUUAUUGCUUGACGGUGAUGAUGAAGUCAAAGUUAAACAACUGAUUAGAAUUCUUAAAACCAACUACAGAUGUUACAUAAUUAUUCUUUACGUGAAAAGAUACCCAUAUAUGCAAAAGAAAGGUAAUAAGCUUUUCCUGCAGGGAACUGUUUCCAAAGUGGAAGCAAAACGAUUGGCACUUAAAUUCAAAAAUCAGUGCAAGGAUGACACAAAGAAACAAGAGCAGUUAAGCAAAUUUUGCGAAGAUGUUGAAAAUGGAAAGCAGCAUCUCGUGUACGAGUUUGGACUUGCUGCCUACUUGCAUGAAUACAUAGGUAUUGGCAAGUAUGUGAAGGGCUAUUUGUGGCCAGCAAAAAAGAGUGACACGGAGGCAUUUUCUCUAGGGAGAAAACUACUAUCAUACCUAUCUCUAGCCUAUUACUACGGUCAAACUGCUUUGCCUUUGCAAUUUUUCUAUGCAUUACUUCACAAACCCCAAAAUUACCUUAUUGAAAUGGAUGAUUUGCCGCAACCAGUCUCACAAUUUGUAGUUUUUGAUAAAAACGAAUGCAAAUCAAACAGCAUUCGAGUUUGUCAUUACCUAAUUGCCAAGGAAAUUCUGGAACAGGUUCUUGGUAAUGGUUCAGAGGAACGAAGCACGCAACUUUGUUUGACAGCGAGACAGAACCUUGCGCAUUUUUGCGAAGAGUUUAUCGAAUAUGCAAGCAGAAAAGGGGUAAAAUCAGGAAACAUUGUUUAUCUUCUGACAAGAAUUUUUAUUUUCCGUGAUAAUAAGGAUAUGGGUGAGAAUGCUGAACAAAUACGAAAGAAACCUGUUCUUUCUAGACUUAUGUUAGAUAUUAGUUCAAAAGGUCCAUUUUUUUCAGAACGUUUGAACGUUCUCAAAAAAUUAACGGAAGCCUUCCCAAAUGACCAAAAUUUCCAUGCACAUCUUGGACGCUUUUAUGCCUACUGUCGACCAAAUGAAGACGACGAAGCUGAAAAAUGUCUUCAGAAGGCUACAGAAAUCUGUGAAAGACAAAUAGGAAACAAAACCAAAGAAGAACUGGAUGAAAGGCUAUUGCAUUCAUUAAUGCAUGUUUAUCAUAUAUAUGGCACGGUGCUGCAGAAGAGGAUAGCCAGAUACACUGGCCAAUCCCCAACAGAUGAACCAGACAUCGAAACAACAGAAGAGGUAUUUGAUGAGAGGUUACAAGAACUUAUCCAACUUGCUAAGUUGUCUUGUGAAUACUUUAAGAAGUGUAGGAACUUCACGCCAGAUGGUCACGAAUCAUGCUAUGGUUUUGUUGGUGAGAUAACAGUUCGUCUACAAAUAUGUGACUUUAUUGAGAGAAACUUUAAGGAACAUGAUGAGUCAUCAGGAAUAAAGGCAUAUCUCUCUUACAGCGGUGACACUUAUUCCACUGGAAGGAAAUUUGUAAAGAAAAGUGUUUAUUGUAUCGAUAAUUUACUCAUGGAAUGUUACUACACUUUAGAGGGUGAUGACAUCGAUCAUUCAGUGCAGAAGGUAAUAUUUUGGUAUAACCAUCUUUUCAGUAAACAUGCUGUUGAUUUAGAAGAUCUAGCAGAAGGUGACAACAUUCAUGCAUACCGACUUCAGAUUGCUGCAAAGAAACUGAAGUACAGCUGUGGCGAAACAAACUUGAUGAUGCUUGAAAAAAUUGACAGAGAAGAAGACAUCACUGCAAUUGUUCAUUUGUACGAAAAUAUCUUUAGGGAAACCAUAUCAGUAGAAAGCAAAUCAGUAUUAGACAGAGACUACACAGAAUGGAUCUUUGCCAUCAGACACAGGCUAUUCAAUCAAGUCUACUCAGUUGAAACAGUGUUACAACAUGUUCGCAGGUGGCAUGACUUUUUACAUUCUCCUAUGUCAAAGUUCUACCUAUUUAUUUUAACAAGUCUUCUUGGGUUUGGAAAGAACAACACAAAUGGAAGCAGUGAGUCUUUAUCCGAAGCAAACAUUCUAAAGAAAGACAUGGAAAAAGUAAGCAGGUAUGUUUUGAAGCCCAAAUACCCAAGAGAAUGGCUACGGAAAAACGGAGAGGGAAUUAAAACUCUGGAGCCAGGAAUACGAUUUAUGGGAUAUGUUGUCUUAGAUGACCGCAAUCUAAGAGAAGAUAUAUAUGAAACACUUCGAAUUUGUAAAGGUACAAUUUGUGCACCAAACAACAAGAAACUCGGAGGUUUCAUUUCUCUCGAUCUUGGAAACAAUGUGGUUCCUGUCAGGGUAUUUUAUAUCCCAAACAAGGCAAAUUUAGCUAGCACUGCUCACGCUGAGAAACGUGUCGAAUUUAUUCUUGGGUUUAGCCUUCAUCAUGGAUGGGAAGCUUUCAAUGUAUUCCUUCUUAAAAAGUAUCCGUGCCCAAAGCCACAGUGUAACGCUCACAUAGAACUAACCACUGCAGACGAUAAUGUAAAAUGUCCUGGAUGUCAAAAGACUGUGCACAGAGAUGAAUUUACAGAAGUUCUGUAAAGAAGAAUGCGAUGCACA